AUGCCUCCAAAAGCUGUUGCUGAAAAGAAACCUGCUACAACUGGUGGCAAGGCACCAGCUGCUAAAGCACCUACCACUGAAAAAAAGAAGGCAGCUUCUGCACCAGGUGAUAAAGUUAAGAAGAAGAAAGCUAGAAAAGAAACCUAUUCAAGCUACAUCUAUAAAGUUUUAAAACAAGUUCACCCAGAUACUGGUAUUUCAAACAAAGCCAUGUCAAUUAUGAACUCCUUCGUAAACGACAUUUUUGAACGUAUUGCGGCUGAAGCGUCUAAACUCGCUGCGUACAAUAAAAGAUCAACCAUUUCGUCUAGAGAAAUCCAAACGGCAGUGAGACUUAUUCUUCCAGGUGAAUUGGCGAAGCACGCAGUGUCUGAAGGAACUAAGGCAGUAACCAAAUAUACCAGCUCCAAGAGGGAAGAAAUUAUCAAAUUAUCAUGUUUUUUAAAUUCUGAAACACAUCUUUCUAGUUAG